GUAGACAGAACUGUCCUGGAGGCACUGAGAGAGAUGGACCUGAAGAUAAAUUACCUGACAUCUCUUGUAGAAUCUCUUGUGGGUGGUCGUCGAAUUUUGCCCCCACAACAGCAAGAUGAUGAAGACUUGAAUGUCAUCCCUCUGGAUUCAGUAGAAGCCCUAGAAAAUUUAGAAGAAAGGCUUCUGAGCAACGGACUGAAGCAAAGGAUGAUUAACAUGCUGUCACUAAGUGGUGGACAUACCAUGAAAAAGACAAUCUGGAGAAUUGCCAGCAAGGUGUUCACCCCCAACCUUGCGAAAAGCCUUAACUGGUGUGGCAGGGGAGACAAGCGAGGUCUAAAACAAACCGCAUGUGGACAAGUUAUUAUUGAGAAGUUUGAAUUCAAAGUCAUACUCUCGUCACAUGAGGCCGGGCACUGUCGUGCACCAAGAGGAACCCAGGACCCACUGGGCGCCAGUGGCGGAUCUGCCAAUUCCGGUGUUCUAUGGCAAAUGCCAAUCAAGCUCUACGGUGCUGGGCUAGCCUUUGUGUUGGAGAACCAACUGCAGGGGAAGGUGACUCCCACUUAUGUGAAGAAGAAGUGGGAGAACCUCAAACAAAAAUACAAAGUAAGCUUCGUUUGUUGUACAGAGGGUGGUGAAGCAACAGCAGCAUCCUGGAAAUGGUAUGCGGAUAUGGAUGAGGCAAUAGGUGGGAGACCAUCAAUUAGCCCACCGACCCUUAUUUCCUCAUCUGGCCAGGAUGCUGCUGAAGCUUCACCAUCCUCGAGAAGCAUGGAAACCCCAGCCAAAAAGAGACGAGGGGUGAAAGAUUUAGUUGAGUAUCUGAGGGAGAUGGAAGAAAGGGAAAAUGAGAGGGAGAUAGAAGCAGCAAAGAACGAGGAGAGAAGAUGGAGAGAGGCUGAGGAGAGGGAGGAAAGAAGAGAAAGGGAAAGAAUAGAACGAGAGGAGAAGAGAGAGCAAGAGACGCACCAGAGAGAGGAAAAGCGAGAACCUGUUGUGAGGAAAAACAUUAUUCUGGCAAAAGUUGUAGAGGACCUGAAGAAGAGAGAAUCCCAAGAUCCACUUCCUUCUGGACCUGAAGAUGUGGAGUGUGAUUACUGUACAGAGAGAAAAUCCAAAGCUGUAAAAUCCUGUCUGGUGUGUUUGGCCUCUUUCUGUGAAACUCACCUUCAGCCUCAUUAUCGAAUUCCUGCUUAUAAGAAGCACAAGCUGGUUGAAGCCUCCAGACGACUCCAGGAUCAGAUCUGCUCUCAGCAUGAUAAACUGCUGGAGGUUUACUGUCGUACUGAUCAGCAGUGUAUCUGCCUGAUGUGUACCAUGGAUGAUCAUAAAGGACAUGAUACAAUAUCAGCUGCAGCAGAAAGAACUGAGAAACAUAAGCAGCUGCUGGAGAUCCAGAGAAAAUUUAAGAAGAAAAUCCAGAACAGAGAGAAGGAACUUUGUGAGCUGAUAAACGCUGUGAAGUCUCACAAGUGUUCUGCACGGACAGCAGUUGAGAACAUUGAGAGGAUCUGUACUGAACUAAUC